AUGACGACAUGAUGUGCGACUGCGCAGAGAUGGUACGUCACACGUUCGCUUAACAGAGUAAUGUAAUCAACUAGCUAGCUAGCUGGGUACGAAUUAAAUUAUUUUACUCUAAUGUCGGUCUAUCACGACGAAGUUGAGAUCGAGGACUUUGAAUAUGACGAGGAUGAAGAGACAUACUAUUUUCCCUGCCCAUGUGGCGACAGAUUUGCCAUAACCAAAGAGGAUUUGGAAAAUGGUGAAGAAGUCGCGACGUGUCCGAGCUGCUCGCUCAUUGUUAAAGUAAUCUACGACAAGGAGGAAUUUAUGUCUGGGGAGAUAAUCGAAGCACCAGCUACAGAGAGCAGAUUGAAACUGGCUCAGUCCUCCUGACAGCAAUGACACACCUCUUCAGUUUCUCAUCUACCAUCAGUAAAAGUGGACCCUGUUGCAUUUGUAUGUGCUCCCACACAACACAAAGGCACACUAUGAACGAUAUGCUUCACUGGUGAGGUCUGGGAUGGAGGAUUCUCAGCAUUCAUUCAAAGGUUCCUGGCAUUGAUUUUGCAGAGUUCCAUAAAAGGACCCAAACUACUACCAUUUGCACAACGUAUUUAAAUAAAUCCUUUACUCUUUUAAGUCUUUCAAUCCUUUUUUUUACAAGACAAUGUUAUGCAUUUUUGUUGAUUCCUCAAGAUUAAAUCUGGAUGAAGUGAAAA